AUCUUUAAACAAAACAAUUGCGCAGUUUUCCUGGUAGCGCCAUAAAGUUCAAACUUCUGCUAGAAGAAGGGGAAACGCAAGCAACGAGAAUCCGAGGGUAAAAUCACGGGUUUGCUCAGGACUUCUUCGCCUCUCACCCUCCACUGCAUUUGAAAACCACACCUCACUAUGUCCAACAUUCUCCAAAGAUUACGAGGUGGAAACCUCGAGGUUUUCAAGUUCGGCAUGUACGUUCUUUUCCCGAUUGGAUGGAUGUAUUAUUUCGGAACAAACCUCGACGACCGCUUCAGUGUCCCCGGCUUCUGGCCUACUACCGAACAGUCGCAUAAGAUUCCUCUCGAGAAGGAAGAGAUUGACAAGGAACUUGCGCGAAUGCGCAUGGUGGAUGCUGUUCGGCGAGAGAAGCGGCAACGGGAGGCCCAGGCCCAGGCUGAAGCCCACAUGCAGGCUGAGAGUCAAGCACAGAACGCGGAGUGAAAUUGUUGAAGAUUAUGGACACGGGUUUACGGUAAAGUCCUGGGACUACGUUGGUCGAAGAUAAUGGCGGGGGCCGGUUCUAUACGAAAGGAAGCGCGCUGCCUUUCCGCGGGGGCUAGAGUGGCAUGGGAGCCCGACAAAAGGUUGGUGGAGUUAUCAUGUGGCAGUUGCACGUGUACUACUGUUUAUGUUGUUCUUGUUUAACACUCUUCUCUGGGCAUGUCGGGAGUUGAAUUCGGUUCUAAAAUGGGCAUCUAGUUUUUGGUUACGAGUUUUAUUUCGCCUGUACAUUCUUUCGCUACGAUAGCGUUUUAGUCCACGGUUCUGCAGGACUAUGUCCUAGUAUCGUUUGUUGGUUAAAAAUAAUGGUUACAGUCCUGGUAUCACAUAAUACCAAGUAAACAGGCGCUUAUAAAGGUAUGGUAAUAUGGUCGACUUGGGGCAUAGAGUUAUUAUUUCCACAGC